CUCUUUCUACCUGUCUGUCAGUUUGGGGUCAAACAAUAAGCAGGUUGUUUGUUGUCCCAGAAAUACAGCUAGCGCUCUUGUUCGGUCCACUCUUAACCAUUAUAUAUCUCUCGAAAUUGAUCAUCGAUUGUGUUUCUGCUGUGCUCUGCGGAUUCGGUCAAGGACGUGGAUUUGGUGGAAACGAUGCGACGUGUUCGCUGAAGAGACGACGACCGCGGUGGCUUCUCUUCCCACACCGAAAUCUUUAGGGGGGCCCCUUGGAAAGUGAACCGCGAUGGCAGCUGUUAAUAUUCCGAGUAUGCCUGUGAGGAAGUACAGAAGGGAGACGAGCGAAGUCAGCGGGUGCUUGAAGUACAUGAUCUUCGGAUUCAAUGUCCUCUUCUGGUGGCUCGGAUUGGGCAUUUUGACGAUCGGCGUGUGGGCAUGGACGGAGAAAGAUAUAUUCAACAACAUCACGAAGGUGGCGAACAUCGCCCUUGACCCUGCGUUCAUCCUAAUGUGCAUCGGAACUUUGACGUUCAUAAUCGGAUUUACUGGUUGCGUGGGCGCCCUACGCGAGAAUACCUGUCUUUUAGCCACUUACGCCCUUUUCCUUGCAAUACUGUUGCUGUUCGAGAUGACUGCAGGCAUCAUGGGAUUCAUCUUCAAAGAUUGGAUAAAAUCUCAAGCAACCAUCGGCUUCCAAACGUUCAUAAUCCAUUACCGCGAAGAUCCGGAUCAGCAGAACCUCAUAGAUUGGAUCCAGGAGGAUUGGUUGCAGUGUUGCGGAAUCGAAGGGCCGAAGGACUGGGAUAGGAACAACUACUUUAAUUGCUCCUCGCACGACGUCGGCAGUCGGGAGGCCUGCGGUGUGCCGUUCUCCUGCUGCAAACGCAAACCGAAUGAACUAAUCAAGAACAAGCAGUGCGGCUACGACGUGAGGAAACCGGGAUUCCCGGGAGAAAGACAUAUCUUCGAGAGGGGAUGUCUGAGGGCGGGAGAAGAGUGGAUUGAGAGUAAUUUGGUGCCGGUUGCUGCAGUCACCGUUAGCGUUAUGGUCCUCAAGGUACAACGCGUUCUCUAAUUUCUAGUGGAUGCUCUUUGCUCAUCUCAGCUUCUGUUAUGUUCGUCCUCUCAUUUACCAUUUGCUAUUUAUGUACAGCUAAGAACUUAACAAACAUUAUCCAGCUAUAAUAUAGCGGUCGGGGAACCGGGGUAAAUU